CGCCUCUCCUGCCUCCUCAAUAAAAGCAAUUGCCUCUCCCCCUCUUCAUUUCUUCCUCUCUGCAAUUUCAUAAAAGGCCGCAAUUCUAACUUCCAAAACCCUAAAACAGAAAUGACUUUUGUCUCUAGGUCUCUGUUAUCUCACCUAUCGCAUCGCUCUAUUUUUUCGUCCACUUCGUUUCUCUGCAACCCUGGGGAAAAUCCUAAUAUUCUAACCUCUUCACCAGAAAAUUCCAUAAUGUAUAACCCUCAUCCUCGGACUCGAACUCCUCUUGAAAAGCAAUUUGAGACUUGGAUUGACAAGCUUAAGCCCGGUUUCACCCCUGAGGAUGUCGAUGAUGCCCUCCGUUCUCAAUCAGACCCUGAUCUUGCCCUUGACAUUUUCCGGUGGACAGCUCAACAGCGUUGCUAUAAACACAAUCAUGUCACUUACCAUACCAUGAUCGACAUCGCCCUGACUGGGAAGCGCUAUGGGCAUGCAGAAACCCUAAUCGAGGAGGUCCUUGCUGGAGCAUGUUCUGGCAGUGUCACUCUCUACAAUUCAAUGAUCCGGUUUUGUUGUAGCCAAAAACGACUGUUCAACCGUGCAUUUGAUGUUUACAAGAAAAUGCAAAGAUUGCCAGAUUUCCGAUCUUUACUGAAACAGAUGAAGGCUUCUGGUGUCAUUCCAGACACAUAUGCAUUGAAUAUGAUCAUAAAAGCUUACUCAAAGUGCCUCCAAAUGGAUGAAGCUAUUAGGAUUUUUCGUGAAAUGGGUUUAUAUGGUUGUGAACCAAAUGCAUUUACAUAUAGUUAUAUUGCAAAGGGUUUCUGCGAGAAGGGGAAGGUGACCCUGGGUUUGGGGUUUUAUAAGGAGAUGAGGGGUAAAUGUUUGGUUCCAACUAGCAGUACUUACAUGAUUCUGAUUUGUAGCCUUGCAAUGGAACGGAUGUUUGAAGAUGCUAUUCACAUUCUGUUUGAUAUGUUGGCUAAUUCUAUGUCUCCUGAUCUUUUAACACAUAAGACACUGUUGGGAGAACUGUGUAGGGAAGGGAAGGGAAAUGAAGCUCUUGAGCUUCUUGAAGAAUUGAGGAAGAAGGAUGACUUGAUGGGGGAGAAAACUUACAAAACCUUGUUGAAGGAAGUGCAUUUUCGAAGUGGAGACUAAAAGUCCAUCUGUGAUAUCUGAUUUUCAAUUUCGUAUUUGUAAUUGUCUUUCAAAUUCCAUUACAUUCAUAUGUCUCUGUUCUUUUUAUUUCAGAGCUUUUUGUGUAUAGAACAGUUAAUUUGGGAAGAAUAUCACAACUAUUUAAUCCAUGUAAUGAUGCAAUCAAAAAGAAUAUAUCUAAAUUGCAGCCAUUUGGGGUUGCCCUGGUUUUUAUUGAA